UUUCUUGUUGUGAGGAAGAAUUCUUAGGCUCAUAUUCACGAUGGCGCAAAAAAGAACUUAUAACAACCGUGUGAAGAUUGGAAACUGGAACGAGGACCUGUUCUUAGGAGAGGAAGAAAUGAAGGAAUAUUUGAAUAAAAGAGAGAGGGGUGAACUUGCUGUCCAGAAAGUAGACCUCCUCAAAGAGAACAUUUUGAAACCGGUGAAUCUCUCUGUGACAAAUGAUGGCUUACUGCAUUUUGGGGAUGUUGUGAUGCUGGUGAACAUGGGAGGGGAAAACAGGGAAUGCAGUGCAGUGAGCAUAAACGCGGAUAUUAACAGUUUGAUAAAGACUCCCUCACCAGGCAUUCAAGCCCCAUGUGGAGUCAGUGCAGGGAGAAAUAUUCAGCCCUGCACUCGCACGGCUUUCAUCAUUACCAGUGUUGAUGGCAGUCCUGAAGGAUCGAUUCUGCACUUCGGGCAAAGUUUUUCCCUGAAAACAACAAGUGGCUUUGCUAUGGGACUUUACUUAACAAGUGACCUACAAAGCUUUCAAAAGUGUGCCAAGAAGUCCCGCCUCCAAGAAGUAAACCUUGAUGAGAGCUGCUCCUUUCUGUCUUGGUGGAAGAUCUUGUACUUAAACCCUGAGGAUCGACUUGAGUUUGAGGAUCAACCAGUAACUGCUAAUGUGAAGGUGCUGAUUGUACACUGCAAAACAAACCGAGCCCUUGCUGUUCUGGAAGAUCAAGUCCUUUGCACCAGGUAUGGAAAAGAGUAUGAGGUAGCAGCUCACACCUUCCUGGACUCCCACAAAGCGGAAAAGGACAACAAUCACUGGGUCCUGUGCACCUCUGACCCUGCAGGUGUCGCACUGGCACUUGUCAACCGUCAACCGUCAGCAGGAAUCAACAAGGAGCUGGAGCUCGCUUAA